AUGGCUUUUUCCUGGCUUUCUAGCCUCAACCCGAUCAACUCUUUCCCGCCAUACCACGGUCCCUAUCCAGUCGGCACCAUCGACGUCGAAAUACCCGCCUCCGACCUCCCCUCUCCCUGCGAAGUCCCCGAGGACGCCCAAUCCACGAUAGCCUUCCGCAUCUUCUAUCCCUGCGUCGCACCCAAGAGCCACGAACACAACAGACCCGUACGAUGGGUUCCGCAACCCCAGCGCCUCACGAUAGCAGCGCUGAUGAAAUUCCUCGGACUCAAAGAUCGGACGGCGAGUGCGUUGAGCUACCUGCCCCAGCAAUUCUACUACAUCAAGCUGCGAGCACAUCGGAACGCGAAACUGCUCGAUGCACCCACCAGCAAUGGUCGGUGGCCGGUCACGGUGUUCAGCCACGGUUUGGCAGGGAGCAGGAACUCGUACAGCUAUGUUUGUGGGGAUAUGGCGAGCAACGGGACGAUUGUGGUUGCGUUGGAUCAUCGGGAUGGCAGCAGUCCGGUUCAAUACGUGCGAGGGACGAAGGACACGCAGGAGAAGUGCAUACAAGCGAUCAAGAUCAGUCAUGAGCCAAAAAAGGAGGUUUACGAGGCGAGAGACAAGCAGUUGAGGAUCCGGCUGUGGGAGAUUAGCGUAGCGUUUGAGGCGUUGAUGAAGAUUGAUCAGGUAGUGGCAGUGGAGAAUUUGGAUUACAACACAGGCGCAGACCGGAAAGAGAGGGUGGAGGUACUUUGGCAGUUCGGUGGGAAGUUGGACCUCCAGAGAGCUGGAAAGGUGUCGUGGUGUGGACACUCUUUUGGCGCUGUUACGGUGGCACAGCUGGUGAAGACCAUCUACUACUCAGGCGAACGCACGGCGGAAGACGGAAAGCCGCUCAUUUCUCCGGACAAGGACGCUGCGAUACUGCACCAGAUCACGCCCGAGUCGCCUACCCUGCUGCUAGACAUGUGGGGGCUGCCGCUUCAAUCGCCAGACCAGGCCUUCCUCUGGGACCGACCACUACCUUCGUACGCAGCUGGUGGCCCGCAAGGAUCCAACGUCCUCUCCAUCCUAUCCGAAGGCUUCUUCAACUGGAAAGCGAACUUGAACGUGAACAAGCACAUUGUCGCCGCCCCUUCUCGAUCGUGGCGAGACUCUCCGGCACACCGUCCAGCGAACGAGAACGGAAAGCCACUACCGGCUUGGACGAGACUGCGGGACCAGUCCCCUGGUCAAGAUUCGGGAUACGCUUCCCACGGUUCGACAUCGCGAAGCCCAUCUGCAUCACCUGCGACGAGCGCAGAUCGUGCGGCACCAGAGCGACAAAGCGCACAUGUGUUCUAUGUUGAGCACAGUCAGCACUUCAAUCAGUCAGAUUUUGGUGUCUUGUUCCCCUGGGUUACUAGGAGAUUUGCGAAGGCUGAAGACCCGGAGCGGAUACUUGAUCUCAACGUCCGGGCUAUGAUGCAGGUCCUUCGUGGGUCUGGUAUUGAAGUCGCUGGUGACAAUGACCAGGAAGUCCUGAAGCAGGAAUCUGGAAUUCAUCGCUGGGUAUCCAUACCGCUGGAGGAAGAAGUGGUCGACGCUACUGGAGAAGGAGCGAUCGAGGCAAUCGAUAGAAAGCUGUCCGUUUCCGAGAUUCAAGGCCAUGCUGCGCCGACCGACACCACGAGAGAAGGUCAGAGAGAAGGUGAUGCAUUGGAGAUGUAG